AACAGCAGGUUAAGAGCUUCCCCUGGAGGAACUGCAGGAUGCUGCUGAACACACCCUUUGCAUUUCGCUGUCUCUUCACAACAGCGUUAAGCAACAAGAUGAAGAACAUCAAAGCCACCAAAUAUGUGGCGUAGAGCCGGUUGACUGCUUCUGCUUGAGGUAUCUGUGAUGGCAGGGUCAAAGAUGUCUGUGCAGCUGGCUGUUGUGGUGGUCCUCUCAGUGCUGCUGACAGGAGCAACCCACGCUGGGCCUGAGAUGGACCCAUACAAAAUCUUAGGCGUAACCAGGAGUGCCAGCCAGGCUGAGAUCAAGAAAGUCUAUAAGCGUCUUGCAAAAGAAUGGCAUCCUGACAAAAACAAAAAUCCAGGUGCUGAGGACAUGUUCAUCAAGAUUACCAAGUCUUAUGAGAUCCUGUCCAGUGAGGACAAACGUGCCAAUUAUGACCGUUACGGGCAGACAGAUGACACCCAGCCAUACGGCAGUGGUCGAAAUGGUCAUCGUCACGACAGCUUUUACUUUGACGAGUCCUUCUUCAACUUUCCCUUCAACAGCAAGAACCACAGGGACUUUGCUGACAGCAAGUACAUAUUGCACUUUAACCAGUAUGUGAACGACGUGGUGCCUGACAGCUACAAGAGGCCAUACCUGAUAAAGAUCACCUCUGACUGGUGCUUCAGCUGCAUCCACAUCGAGCCUGUCUGGAAAGAGGUGGUGCAGGAGAUGGAGACUCUAGGUGUGGGAAUAGGUGUUGUGGAUGUUGGCUAUGAGAGACGGUUAGCCAAUCAUCUUGGUGCUCAUCGCACCCCAUCAAUACUUGGUGUCAUCAACGGCAAAAUUACAUUUUUUCAUUACGCUGUAGCAAAGGAGCACCUGAGGCAGUUUGUUGAAGACCUUCUUCCUCAGAGACUUGUGGAGCGGGUCACAGACAAGAAUGACCUGCAGUUCUUGAACAGCUGGCAUGAGCUCAACAGGCCACACGUGCUCCUGUUCGACCAAGUGCCUGUAGUCCCUCUGCUAUACAAACUGACAGCGUUUGCUUAUAAGGACUACUUGCAGUUUGGCUAUGUGGACCAGGGCCUUGCAGAGACUGCCAAUCUGCAGAAACAGUUUAAUAUUAACACGUACGCUCCAACCAUGCUGGUCUUCAAAGAGAACAUUGACAAGCCCGCUGACAUUAUCCAGGCUAAAGGAAUGAAAAAGCAGAUUAUUGAUGAGUUCAUGUCAAACAAUAAAUUUCUGCUUGUGCCACGGCUCGUCAACCAGAAGCUCUUUGAUGAGCUCUGUCCUGUCAAACAGUUCCACAGACGCAGGAAAUUCUGUGUCCUGCUGAUCACAGGUGAUGAAGAGACCUUUUCUUUAGCAAACCAGGUGUUUCUCUCAUUUGCCUCUACCAAUACCAAGGAAGUUGUGAGGUUUGCCUAUGUGUACCAUCGGCUACAGCAACCUCUGUGCGACAUUCUCAUGCAGAACAAGGACAGUGCACAGUCACCACCUCAGGUGGUGAUCCUGGAGAGGCGUAAUGCUGCAGGGAAGGCCUUGUUCAAGCCAGUGACGGCCUGGAACGGCAGCGAGGAAGACAGGCAGCGUCUUCUGGAGGAGCUGGAGCGACUUCAGAAGGACCCGUCCAUCCUCAUCCAUGACGCCGUGCUGCCUGAGCUCAACAACGAGUUUGCUUCUAUGUUUGUAAUCCGAUGGAUCUUUGCAUCUUAUGAUUACCUCUCUGAAGUCAUCGACGAUAUUCUGCAUAACAACUGGCGUGAGAUGAUGCCUCUUCUGUCCCUCAUCUUCUCUGCCUUGUUCAUCUUGUUUGGAACCGUGGUCAUCCAGGCCUUCAGUGACUCAAGUGACGAUAAGCAGACUAAACCAAAGGCAAAAGAUGGAACAAAAGCAGAAAAUGGAUCACCGGGGCGUAGUACUUCAAG